UCAGAGUAAUCAUGGUUGUUAUUUUAUACAAGCUAAAAAGCACCAUUUCUCUGCUACAUCCACUUUUUGCAAGACAAUGGAAAGUGACUACAAUUCAAGUAAACGCCACUAUGAUAUUACCAUGUCAAAGAGAACCAGAAGGCCAACAAAUUCCAGUCAGAUUUAUUCAGCACCAGUUUCCCCAUGUCAAGAUAUUCCUCCUCCUAGUAAAGCAGUUGUGAAUGAGUUAGGAGAAGAUGAGAGCAGUUCUCACUCAGAAGAGAGUGAUCGUAAAAGCUUGAAGCAGCUGAUAAAUAGCAGGAGUUCACUGAGCCAACACUUCACUGCAGAAGAAAAGCAACUUCAAAUAGUUACAAAGCAGCAGAAGGAAGAGGGCGUUCAUGAUGAUGGAGUGAAGCUAAAGAAAAUGGUGAGUCGCUAUGCCAAAUUUUUGAGUCGCUUGAUCAAGGUUAAGCGUGACUUACCUAAGGGUGGAGAAUCCCGGAAGAAAACACUUCUCCUAUUGAAAGCCUAGGAAUAUAUAUAUGUGUGUGUCAUUUAUCAGCUUGUUUCUGCAGUGGCUGAUUACCUAUAUGCAUUGAUUAUCGGCCAACUGCAUAUACUUUUUUCUCCUCUUUCAUUUUGUAUUUCAAGUCCUUGAGAUAUAAUUGAUCUGUAGCACAUAUAUGUUAUACUCUA